GAGUUUUCAGCCCCUCGUCAACAGGGCUAUUAAAAGAAUGCCAACGGUUCGCCCUCGUGUCUCUAUCAGGAUUACUUAGCUGAGUUUAUACUCCUCAUCACUGGCGCAAAAUGGAUGCUGCGUGGAGCAAUUUCCUCUUCCAGAAUACUCCCACCCAAAACCAGGAUGGAAACCUCCAAUCAGAGCUGCUACCGGUGCACACGAGCUCCCCCCAGACCCCUCCCCCGGAGCACAUGGGCCAGCCCCCCUCCACCGUGGACACUGCCGCCCUCAGCGAGGAACCCACACCAGUGAAGACAGCGUCCCGCCCCGCCCGCGUGCCCCACAUCUGUGGCAUCUGCAGCAAGCAGUUCAAGAACAACUACAACCUGCGGCGGCACCAGUCGGUCCACACCGGGGUACGCAUGAAGGGCAGGGCGCCCGGGCAGCCGCAGGGGGCCAAGGAGGGGGGGGCCAGCUCCUCGCCGCUGGCUGGGGGGAGGACAGAGAGACACCCGGUCCCCCUCUCCCUGCUCCACCUCUCCAUCCCUCCCCCUCUCCCCCCUCCUGGCGUCCUGGCCCCCCAGCAGACCUCUCUGGGUAGUCAGGCUGGCGACGGCGUUGCCAUGGCGAGCGUAGUGGCUAGCGUUAACAACCCCCACGGUCCUCCUGCUGCUGUUGUCAUGGCCGCCGGGGCGACAGGACAGCGUCCGGCUAACCCCAACCCUAACCCGGUGCGUAAGAACCAUGCGUGUGAGACGUGUGGGAAGGCCUUCCGGGAUGUGUACCACCUGAACCGCCACCGGCUGUCCCACUCGGACGAGAAGCCCUUCUCCUGCCCGGUGUGCCAGCAGCGCUUCAAGAGGAAGGACAGGAUGAGCCACCACGUCCGCUCCCACCAGGGUGGCGUGGAGAAGCCCUACGUCUGCCCUCACUGCUCCAAGGCCUUCUCCAGGCCUGACCACCUCAACAGCCACGUCAGACAGGUCCACUCCUCCGAACGACCCUUCAAGUGUCCGGUACUUGAUACGUGCGAGUCCAGCUUUGCCACGAGGGACCGCCUCCGGGCUCACAUGAUUCGUCACGAGGAGAAGGUCCCCUGUCACAUCUGUGGAAAGCUCCUAUCAGCAGCCUACAUCACAGAUCACAUGAGGGUGCACAACCAAUCACAGCACCACGCCUGUCAUCUCUGUAACCGCAGCUUCACCACGCUCACCUACCUUCGCGUCCACGCCCAGAAGCACCACGGCCAGGAGUGGAAGGAGGGAGCGGGGGGGUUUGGGGGCACGGCCGCCGGGGGGGUCCUGGUGUGCCAGCUAUGUGGGGUGCACUGCAAGACCCCCACCCAGCUGCAGGGCCACAUGGGGACCCACAGCAGCAGCCAGGCAGCACCCAGCCCGGCCACCUCCAGCCCGGCCAGCAGCUCGCUGGCCAGCAUGGUCACCACCCCCACCAUCUACGUUAGUGGCAACGCCGUGGUGGACCUGCUGGUCACAGACUGCUCCAGCAUCGCCCCCCAGAGCCACAGCUAGCAGACCCCUAACCUCACCCCCCUAACCCUCACCUCUAACCUCACUCCUAACCCCUCACCCCCCUAACCUCACCCCCCUAACCCUCACCUCUAACCUCACUCCUAACCCCUCACCCCUCUAACCUCACCCACUAACCCUCACCCCAGAGACCCACAGCUAGCAGACCCCUAACCUCACCACCUAACCCUCACCUCUAACCUCACUCCUAACCCCUCACCCCUCUAACCUCACCCACUAACCCUCACCCCAGAGCCACAGCUAGCAGACCCCUAACCUCACCCCCCUAACC